AUGAAUGACACCACAAUCAGACUUUCAAGGCCAGGAGACGUGGCUCUUGAGAACACGGUGGGCACAGUGGGGCGGGUUGGACUUUGGGAUCAGAGAGGGCUUUUCCUACGGCAACGGUUUUACGAGCGACUCCCGGCUCUCCGCGGACCCGCAGCCAAGCGCGAGCGGCCGCGGCCGCGCUGAGGCGGCCGCUGCUUCCCGCCCGCCGCCCUGCCCGGCCCGCGGGGGGCGGCCGCACGCAUGCUCGCUGCGGGUCCCGACAUGGCGGCGCCCAGCGCGGCGCUGAGGCAGCGGCGGGCGGCGGCGGCGGCGAGCGGCGGCGGCGCCCCCGAGACUCCGGGGCGGGCGGCGGGCCCGGAGUCGGCGGGCGGCGGGGUUGGGCCGCCGCUGUCGCCGGGUACCUUCUGGCUCACCCGCAUCGUGCUGCUGCGCGCCGUAGCGCUGCUGUACCUUGUGGCCUUCCUGGUGGCGUACCAUCAAAACAAGCAGCUGAUAGGAGAGAAGGGGCUGCUCCCAUGUAAACUAUACCUGCAGAAUGUCAAAAAGUAUUUCAAAGGGAAGAUAAACCUGGAUGCCCUCAGCUAUGCCCCAACAAUCAUCUGGUUUCUGGACUGGUCAGAUAUGGACAGCGUCUUGGACUACAUCUCCAUGCUUGGUCUGGUGAUUUCAGCCUUUGUGUUGAUAACUGGAUGUGCAAACAUGGUCCUCAUGGCUGUCCUGUGGAUCCUCUACCUCUCAUUGGUCAAUGUUGGACAGAUCUGGUAUUCCUUUGGAUGGGAAUCACAGCUCCUGGAGACUGGUUUCCUGGGGAUGUUCCUCUGCCCACUCUGGACCCUGUCCCGGCUGCCCCGUUCCACACCUCCAUCCAGCAUCGUCAUCUGGGGCUUCCGCUGGCUGAUCUUCAGGAUCAUGCUGGGAGCAGGAUUGAUUAAAAUUCGAGGGGAUCACUGCUGGAGAGACUUAACUUGCAUGAAUUAUCACUAUGAGACCCAGCCGGUGCCCAACCCCAUCGCCUACUUCAUGCACCGCUCACCAGGCUGGUUUCAUCAGUUUGAGACCCUCUUCAACCACUUCAUCGAGCUGGUGGUGCCCUUUUUCAUCUUCAUGGGACGAAGGAUGUGCAUGGUGCACGGCGUUCUGCAGAUCCUUUUCCAGGUGCUGCUGAUCAUCAGUGGGAACCUGAGCUUCCUCAACUGGCUGACCAUUGUGCCCAGCAUCGCCUGCUUCGAUGACCGCAGCCUGGCCUUCCUGUUCAGGCGUGGGGGGGUGAAGGAGCGUGUGCUGCAGCUGCAGGGCAGCAGUGAGCAGCCCCCCGCAGGGCUAGGACGCCACAUCCGCAGGGUGGUGAACAUCUCCUUUGGGCUCCUGAUCGCCUACCUCAGCGUGCCUGUCGUCAUCAACCUGCUCAGCUCCAGACAGGUUAUGAAUACAUCCUUCAACCCCCUCAGGAUAGUCAACACCUACGGAGCUUUUGGAAGCAUCACCAAGGAGAGAACUGAAGUCAUCCUUCAGGGAACGUCCAGCCCAGACCCCAACGACCCCGCUGCUGUCUGGCAGGAGUUUGAUUUCAAGUGCAAGCCUGGGGACCUGUGGCGACGGCCAUGCUUCAUCUCACCCUACCAUUACCGCCUGGACUGGCUGAUGUGGUUUGCAGCCUUCCAGACUUAUGAGCAGAAUGAGUGGAUCAUCCACCUGGCUGGGAAGCUGCUGGCUCAGGAGGAGGAGGCCCUGUCCCUGAUGGCAACAAACCCAUUCGCAGACAGGGAUCCCCCACGGUGGAUCCGAGGGGAACAUUUCAAGUACAAAUUCAGCCAGCCUGGAGGAGCGCAUGCUGCAAAGGGCAAGUGGUGGAUUCGGAAGAGGAUCGGCCCCUACUUCCCUCCUGUCAACCUCCAGGGCCUGAGGAAGUUUUAUGAAGACAGAAAUUGGCCGUACCCAGUGCGGGACUGAUGGAGGGAAGUGAGACAGGUCCAGAGUGACCAGCUGGAAGAGCCGUCAGCUCCCUUAUAAAUCACACUUCUUCCCUAUCUCUGUAUUUUUUUUACAUAUCCUUGUUUACACAUAUUUUACAGGAGGUUUCCAGACAACCUGUCCACCUGCUGCUGUGGUCUGGUUUUUCUCAUCUUUCUUUUCCUUUCUGUUUGUCUUUCUCCUCGUGGCCUUGCCUGAUGAUUGAUUUCUUUUGUCAGGCUGCUCCAUUAGAAAAUCAUCAGCUCUAGAGUCAGGAAAAAGAUGAACAAAUACUAAGUCAAGUUAAUAUGUCCAAUUUGACACAUUUCAGAUUUGCAACAAGCAUUUGUGAAGUGGAUUUUAAUACUUCUGCUGAUGCUGGAAUUUCACUUUAUUGCCAGACAGACCCAAAAUGGACAAAAAUUAUCAAAUGUAUGUUAGGGGGAAAGGUUAGGUAAAAGUAAACCCUCCCUCCCCUUUCUCAGUGCUGUCUACUUUACAAAAAGCUCUCAGGGCCACGCUCAAGACUCAUACAGAUGUAAAUCUGUGCAUUUUAAGACACUUCUUGCACUGAUGGGGAUUUCAGUGUGAAUGUAGACAGUGAAGCAGCCAGAGGAGCAGUUCCCUUUGCAAUGCACCUCGCUUAGAGGAGGCACUGGGCUGGCACAGGGCACUUCACCAUGGCAUCCCACCUCAUCCUACCCUGUCCCAUCCUCAUCCAUGCUCAUGCCCAUCCCAUCUCAAAAUAUCCCAUUCCUUUUCCAACCCAUUUCAAACCAUCCAGUCGCAGUUUCCACAUGUGCACAGAGCUCACACCAGCCUCAGGCAAUUCACUGAGCCAUUAAAGCUGCUUUCUUCCAGAUAUUCCUGUCCUUGGGAAGGUCCUGCUCAGCACUCCCUGAUCACAAGGCAGCAGUCCGCAUCUGGGUUGUGCAGCACAGAGGGAACUGUCCCUGGGCUGGGGGAAUCCUGUGUGGGACAGAUGGGGCGAUCCUGCAUUCCCCAUUCUUUGCUCCUGAGCGUGCCCUGCUCGUGGUUUGUGUUUCAUGUCACCCCCAAUGGUCUGACCGUGUGGGUGCAACUCGGUGAGCCCACACCAGGGAAAUGGGGGGGAAGAUGGGAACAAGCAGAGCGCGGACAGCUGGAAGCGACGGGUUGUGGCAAUAAUUGCUUUCUUGUUAGCACAUUUUGCUGCAGACACUUCUUCCCAAAGGGAAAAAAAAAAGUUCAAAGUGACGUGCGCAACGCAUAAAACCUCUAGCCUCGGGAUUGCCUGCAGAAAAACCACAGGUCUGCUGAGAAACCCAAAAUAGCUCCGUGCUGUGUGGGCUCCGUGAGUCAGCGGCUCUGGCCCGGGACAAGCACAGCCCUGUGCAGCCCGCAGCGCCCGGCCGGGCCCAGGCUGGCUGUGAGACAGGGCCUGCUUUUAGGAGGCGGCUGGAGUCGCUGAGUCUGCCGCCAGCUCCGCCGCGCUCAAACGGGUUUUGUUUGAGUAGGUCCCGGCCUGGCAGCGCGGCCGCGCUGGGCUGCUUUUCCUGUUUGCUUAGCCCGGGGCUUCAUAACGGGCCCUUUCUCUCGUUCUGGGUGCUGACGGAGCUCGGGGCCCGGCUGUGUUGUGCUCGGGGAGCAGCCUGUGGCCUGCAUGGCCUGUGUGCCUGGAGCUGCACAGCCUGUGCCUAUGGGUCAGGGUUGUGGCAGGACACAAAGAGGCUUUCAGCCACCCGGCUCGGGUCAGCACAAACCAUGGGCAAAGGGAUGAGCGUGGCUCUGAAAUAGGUCGGUGCUCAUAUGGCCAACAUGAAGGCCAUGGGGGGACUGAUGGCGGCUCUGUCCCUGAGCUCAUUUGAUCCAGACCAGUCUGUCCCCCCCCCGACACAAGAAGCUCAGCAUUGUGGCCAAAUGCAGUUUGGAAGGAAAAACAUCAGAAAAGAAACCUGCAGGCAAGCCUGACCCACAUGCCAGGACAAGGCAGAGGGGUGGCUGCACAGGUUGUGGCUGCAGGCUCACUGCAUCACGCAUUUCUGUCCGCUUUUGGACCACGUGUACUGAACAGGCACUACCCAGCACAUAGAUCUGAAAAAAGGGAACCUCACUCAUCUUUACUUCUUAUCUAACAGUGUUAAAAAUUGAAGCAGCAUCUUGUGGUGUGUGCCCAGACAUGCCUCGCUGAGCCCCAGUACCAACAGUGACUGAAAUGGUGAGGCUGUGAGGACAGCUCAUGCAGCGGGGACACCACGUGCUCCCACCUCCCCGUGUCACCAAGGGGAGCACAACACUGCAGCAGGUCCCACCCCACCCAGCAGUCCCUUGCAGCUGGCACUGGUCGGGGUUAUGACUGUGGAGGUGCACAGCCCAUUGCUCAGUGCUUGGAGCCAUGUAUAGCACUUUCCGAACAGCAAAUAAUGUUCAGUUGCGUUUUCCUAAAUAUUUGCCCCAGUUAUUCCUCUGCAAACAAUAGGGAGAACAUUUUGUAUGGAUUACUGCGCAGAAAGACAGGUGAGUGCUGAUACACUGUGUGUCACUCUCAGCAUCACCCCCCCGCCACAGCAACGGGGCUGAGGGCAGUGAUGUGCACUGCAUUUGUUUGUGAGGUCAGGGUGAUGGAGGAUGUUUCGCAUCCAUCAGUGCUUGCUGUAGCUAAUGGCCCUCCAGAAGGCACUGAGCUUUUUGCCUGGGAGCUGCCAACACAGCAGAGCUUCCUGUGGAGCAUCCCUGUGUCCUGUGCAAGCACAGGAGCUGCCUGCACUACCUCCCUGCCAGGUGUUACUUGAAGCAUUUCACCUUUUGUUUUCCUAGCUCUCACAUGGCUUAAAUUCAGCACUGGGGCUGAACACUCAGGGAUCGGCUGGAGCCCAUCCUAUCUUAGGGGCCUCAGGCAGCCAAUGGCCACUGUGUUCAUGGCAGCAUUUUGGGGAGGUGGGGACACCUGGAGCCCACAGUGGCUGCACUGGCAUCAAGCCUGAUCUAUGCCUAUCUCCGGCCAUUGGAGAUCCCUUGACAUGGCUGCAGCCAUCGGUGCUCCCUCCUCAUUCAAUCCACCCAAAGCUUCCUUUUUUUUUCUAAAAGCCCCGUACUGCCCCAGCCCUGCUGGCUGCUUCCCCUCCACGCUGGCCCUAAUGCAAACAAGCUGCAUGAGCAGGGUCGGUCCGUCCCGGUGAGUGACGAUGCGAGGGCGCAGGGACGCAGCAGCUCCGCACUGCAGCCACUCGCUGGCAGCACGCGGGGUGCCCCCCGCCCCGCUUUAAUUAAUUUCUUUUGGUUUCCAACCUCUGGGUCAGGGAUAAUGGAACCCAGACCGUCAUUUACAUUCCUGUUUGCUGUGCAUUGUGCUGUUUAAAGGGGUUUUUUCUUUUUCUUUUUUUUUUUUUUUAAUCUAAAAUUCUCGCUCCACGCCGCAGCACUGGCUGGAAGAUAAUAUACAUUCAAAGGCAGCGAGGAAGGUGCAGGCAGGGGAUUAAAUUAGAAACGUUUCCCUUGGACAAAACUUUUUAAAAGAAAAGAAACAAUUAUUUUGAGGGGGUUAGGAAAUCGGAACCACAUUGUGUUAUCUGUUGACUGGAAGUUUUCUUGGAGAGGUUUUUUUCUUUCCUUGAGCUAUGUGCUGGACACAAAGCUUUGUGGCAUUCCCACAUCAGCACACCGUAAAUCCAUUUUGAGAGAGAAUUCUGAGCCCGCUGCUGCCAGGUCCUUUGGGUGCUGCUGGGGAUGGGCAGGAGACUACAACCUCAUGGCCUCAGGAUUAGGAUCUGGACAAUAAUACAUGGCAGCUCCUGGCUGCCCCCACAGCUCUGUUGGCUUUGCUGUGCUCUUCUGGCCCAUUCCCUGAUCUGGAGUUACAUCUAAUCCCAUUCCUCCCUCCUGUUCCUUCUUGAGUCGCUGGUGCAGCUGCUGCAUGCCUGUCCCAGCCUGGCAUUCUGGGGCUCCAGUGGAUAAAUCAUUCCCUGUGUAAUUUGGGAAAACCCAGCAGUGGGGCUUUCAGCAUGAGCUGAAGGUGUCCAAAGGAGGGGGACGUGGGAGGAUGGAUCAGGCUGUUUGGGGUCCCCAAAGGAAGGGAGCUCUUUGGUUGUGUUAUAGCCAUAUGAAGCUUUGGCUCAGGCUGUGUUGAAUAUAAAGCUGCAAGAGCUCUCACAUCAUUACAGAUCCCCUCCUGUCUCCAGGCCCUCCAGGAGAGCUGUCUUCUGGAGGUGAGAUGGAAACCUGUGCCAUGCGUUAACACGCAGCACUUGCCCUCCCGCAGGAAUUUCAGACAGCUGGAAAAUCUUUAAUGAUGGAUUUAUAGUUUGAAGUUCUGUCUCCAAAUAUAAGAAAGGUUGCUUUGGAGGACAGCUGAGCUCUCUGCCCGGAUUAGCAGCACAAGGUAAUGCUGAGCACCAACUCUUUGUGCAGGGGCAGCCCUGUGCUACCUGCACUGACAGCUCCGUGCUCCAAGCAGAGCUCAUGUUCCUCCAUCAUGUAUAACUUGUGGUUAUUUGUUUUAAAGCAGCCAAGCUACACUGCAGUCUAUGAGAUCCUACAGAAAAUCAGUCUAUCGGCACACCUCCCCUGCUCCAAUCUGCCUUUAGAAGCUGGCUUUGCUUUAACACAUAUUAAAGGAAAGAGCUUUUUUCCUUCCCAGUAGAUUAAGUUUGGCUAAACAAUUCAGUGUGAACUGCUGGGCAUGAGGCAGAACCUGUAGGCUAAAUUACCCAGCUGCUAUAAGUUUAGAGCAGCAUGGGAUGAAUUUCAGGAUCGUAUAUUAGUUUUCAUUUAAUCUGAUUAUUCUGGGUCUGGAGUUCCUGGAGGGUCUUCAGGUUAUUGUCAGUCAAAAGAAUCUUUAAAAGCUUCCAUUUGCGCUAAACUUUUCCCAUUAGAAAUCUAUUUUCAUUAUGGAUCAAUUUUUAUUUUAAUGAAAAAAUUAUUUCUCCACCUCCCCACCCCCUGACUUUUCCAGACAAGAUUAAAAAUGAAGCAGGGAGGGUUUCUUUGUGCCUUCUGUCAGUCAGGGGCUGGGAGGGUUGUGGGGACUUGCCACUCAAAAUGCCACAAUUUUAGGGAAAAGGCAACUUUCUGGCUUCUAGAAAUAACCCCCAAACCCACAUUGUUUGUGCAGGAUUUCGUAUGGGUUGUGCCAACCUGAACCCUCUGGACUCCCUGUACCCUCAUGCAGCUCUGCUUGGCAAUCCCAUCAUGGAGACAUGUGGGGACCGUGAGGGGACACCCAGCUGUCUCCAUGUCCCAUUGCCUCACAUGUGACUGCCAAAAACGCUCUGCAGGGUCAGGUUUUUGCAGGAGGGCAAUGGGGAGGAGGGAGCUGGCUGCAGAGCCGCAUGUUCUCCUCAGCACUGGGGUUUCUGCCAUCCUGGUGCCCUGUCCUUCCAGGGGCACCUGGCACGGGGCAGCCCUGGACAUGUGGCAUCAGUGCUGCCGGAGCCAGGCUGUGUUCCAGCAGUGCCUCAGUUUCCCUUUAUAGCUGAUGGCAGACCCUGUGCUCUCCACAGCAAUACUGCAGACAGGCAUCUGGUUUUGUAGGGGGGGUUUUGGGGCUGUUCUCUUAGCAGCAAAGCACUCAACCAACGACCUGCAACUCCCCCAUCCUCUGCAGCCUCCGGUUUCCUCCCUGCAGAGCAGCCGUCGGGACGUGCGCUCAUGCCCACAGUGGAUGUGCAGCAGCUGUGGGAUGCAGUGCUGCCCCACACACCGCUCCCCCCAUUUCCUCUGCAGUAGCUGCUCGGGAUAAGCUUGCAUGUCGCUGAGCUUUUCCACGUGUGUUAACUAUUGCUGAGACAAUUACGUUAAAAUCACACCACCUGCAAGCGGUUAGUUAGAAUAAUAAAUAAGUGAUAGAUUAUCAAAUAAAGCGUUCGCUUCGGAUGAGGUCAUCCCAGCACCAUGUCGUGAGUCUCGGCGGGUUUGCAGCCUGCUUUCCUGCCGCCAAUCGACCAAAUCGCUCUUGUAUCAGUCAAUAAAAGCGUUGUAGAGAUUAAAGAAUCAAUUAGGCAUUAGCCGAAGGGGCAAAAGCAUAACCCAAACAUGCUGAUAAAAUCCAGUAGGUGAUUAUGGGAAUGGUUCCUAUUUCAUUUUACUUUAGAAGGAAAUAAUUGCUCGUUACCGAACACGGAGCAGCCAGGCCGGGUGCUUUUCCAGCUUUAUGGGGAAGCAGGAGGAAGCCCUGGUGCUGGGCUGACAGACGCAGAGGCACGCCACGCUUUAGGGCUGAAUGUGCAUGUUUUGCCUCUUGCUUUGAGGAGAGCCAUUUUAGCCCUGAAAGGGGACAAUGGGGCUGAGUCUGUCAUUUGGUGCAGUCUGGGGAGCUCAGUGCCACAGCCAUGCAUUGCCCACUCGAGGCAGAGGGCCCAGGCACAUAUUUGCAGAUGGAUUUCAGGAGCACAAGCAUGAGGGCUGCUGCCAGCAGCUGCACCCUGCAGUGCACAGGAGCAAAUAGAUCUGUAUGCACCGUGUCUGGCCGAUAUCUGCUCUUUGUACAUGCACAAACUUUGAUUAACCAAGCAAAAUCCAGUCAGCUGAAAAAGCAUUUAGGGAUGUAUAUGCUUAACUCCUUCCCAAUAUUCCCGGUGACAAAACAUCUGGGCAGGCGGCUCGCAGUGGGAAUUGGGUCGGCUUGUGGUGGCCAUUCUGAAGUCAUGGGAAGGGGCUGUGUGGGAAUGUGAGGUCUCCACGCUGCAGCUUUUGACCCAGUUUUGCUGCCAAAAGGGGAUGUUCAGGUUGGAUAAGAGGAACAAUUUCUUCUUUGAAAGAGCAGUCAUGCACUGGCACUG